GCUGAUCAGAAUGGUCGAUCUUCUUUUUGUGUGUCUUUUGACUUUCUUGUGUGUUGCUCUGAAUGCCAAUGGACAAAACAACUAUAACAGCUACAAAAACGGUAAGUACCAGAGCUAUCCAGUGGACCAAUCUACGCCGAGCACUUGCAAUGACCUGCGGUGUAACCCUAACGAAUGCUGUGUGGAAACACACAUGGCGGCAGUCUGUGUGGCUUUAGUAACAGUUUCAACCGGGCAAGCUUUCUGCGCUCGAUACAAGAAAUGUUCAAACCUCGGUCAUUGUCCAGCUAGUGCUCCUUGUUGUGCCCAGGCCUUGGAACCCAAACUUGCCAAAACUUGUCCUCGACCACAUAUCAUCGGACCAGGUUAUGGGUCCAUAUACGACAACAGCUUCACGUCCAGCUACGGUUACGAUAAUAAAGUGGAUGAAAUAAAUUUAAAUGAAGGUUACUGUCAGGCAAGGGCCUCAACCGGUGGAUUAUGCUUUAGUCCACUGCCUGGCUCUGAGACUUACAAUUGUCCUUGUACGGCUCCAGAUACUUGUAAAAUUGCUCUGGGUCCUCUUGUGGCAGGUAUUAAAAAGAAAAAUGUAGAAAUAAAGGUCAUCACUAUAUCAUCGUCUGUGUACAUCUCCAACCACAACUACAACGACAACAACACCUACAUGUGCGUCAUGUAA